AUGGGACAAACUGUGACGACGCCCUCUCUCACCCUAAGCCACUGGACCAAAGUUAGGGCUAGGGCCCACAACCUUUCGGUAGAAGUAAGGAGAGGGAAAUGGCAGACGCUGUGUACCUCUGAGUGGCCUACAUUUCAGACAGGGUGGCCACCCGAGGGAUCCUUUCUGUUAGAUAAAAUCAGGCUAGUCAAAUCUAGGGUCUUUAACACAGGACCCCACGGACACCCAGACCAGAUAUCAUAUAUCUUGGUCUGGGAAGAUCUGGUUCUCUCCCCACCUCCGUGGGUCCGGCCCUUUGUUCCCUCAACAGGCAUAUCUGCAUGCGCACCAGCACGGUCGGAAGUACUGGCUCUGAAGAAAGCCCCAGACUCCGAAAAGUCAUCUGCAGUCCCCGAUCCACCAAAGGCGAUAUAUCCAGACUUGCAGUCCGACCUGCUUCUCCUCGAUCCCCCACCACCUUACCCUCCAGCCCUAGACCCCAUACCGCCUCCCGAUCCCCCAGCUCCACAGGGUCCCUCGGCGGGCACCAGGAGCCAGAGGGCUAUGUCCCCGGACUCUACCGCUAGCCUUAGAGAAUAUGGCCCCCCCGAUAACCACGGGAAUAGGCCCCUUCAAUAUUGGCCCUUUUCCUCUGCAGAUCUUUAUAACUGGAAGAUGCAUAACCCUACUUUUUCUGAAAAUCCACAGGCUCUCACUGCUCUAAUAGAGUCUCUUGUCUUCUCCCACCAACCCACCUGGGACGAUUGUCAACAGCUCCUCCAGACUCUCCUCACAACCGAGGAAAAACAACGGGUUCUCUUGGAGGCUAGAAAGAAUGUGUUAGGCGCCAAUGGGCAACCUACCCAGUUGCCUAAGGAGACUGAUGUCGGUUUUCCACUCGCCAGGCCGAAUUGGGACUUUAAUACCCCAGAAGGUAAGGAGCACCUGAAAAUGUAUCGCCAGGCUCUGGUGGCGGGUCUCCAUGGAGCGGCCAGGCGCCCCACGAAUUUGGCUAAGGUAAGAGAGGUAACUCAGGGGCCCCAGGAAUCGCCAACCGUGUUCUUAGAACGAUUAAUGGAGGCUUUUAGACGGUUCACUCCUUAUGAUCCAACCUCUGAGGAACAUAAGGCCACCGUAGCAAUGGCCUUUAUUGACCAGGCGGCCCCUGAUAUUAGAAGGAAGUUACAAAGACUGGACGGCCUACAAGGCUUCUCCCUUCAGGAUUUAGUGAAGGAGGCAGAUAAAGUAUAUAAUACGAGGGAAACAGAAGAGGAAAGGGAAGAAAGAAAGCAGAAGGAACAAGAGGCCCGCGAAUUAAGGCGGGACAAGCGGCAAGAAAAAAAUUUGAGUAAGAUACUGGCCACUGUAGUCAGAGGAGAAAAUAUUAGAGACAGAAAUAGACAGGAAGGGCGGACAGUGGAUAGAAGGCGACCAUUAGACAAGGAUCAAUGUGCUUACUGUAAAGAAAAAGGUCAUUGGGCAAGAGAAUGCCCUAAAAAGAAGAACGGGGGAAAACCAACCAGAGAAAAAAUUUUUACCCUGGAAGAGGAAGAUUAGGGAAGUCAGGGCUCGGACCCUCUCCCCGAGCCCAGGGUAACUUUAAAAGUGGAGGGGGAACCCGUCCAGUUCUUGGUGGACACAGGAGCUCAGCACUCAGUCCUCCUCCACUCAAAGGGCCCCCUCUCAACUAAAAGGUCAUGGGUCCAGGGGGCUACAGGGAAUAAGCAGUACUCAUGGACCACACGAAGGACAGUAGACCUUGGGGUGGGACAAGUAACCCACUCAUUCUUGGUCAUACCUGAGUGCCCAUACCCUCUGCUAGGCAGAGACAUACUCUCUAAGGUGGGGGCCCAGAUCCACUUCCAACCAAAAGGACCCACCAUAACUGACAACAAAGGGAGAUUACUCCAAAUUUUGACUAUGAAGCUGGAAGAUGAACAUAGGUUAUAUGAAGUCCCCUCGCCUCCACAAGUUGACAUGCAGGAUUGGAUGACCAGGUUUCCACAGGCUUCAGAAACUGCCGGUAUGGGAAUGGCAAAAUAUCGCCCCCCGCCGGUGGUAGAACUCAAAGCAACCGCCACCCCAGUGACAGUCCGCCAGUACCCUAUGAGCAAGGAAGCCCGGGAUGGCAUCCGUCCUCACAUACAAAGGUUGCUGGAACUAGGGAUCCUAGUAAGGUGCCAAUCCGCGUGGAAUACCCCUCUUUUACCAGUUAAAAAGCCAGGAACUAAUGAUUACCGGCCGGUACAAGACCUACGUGAGGUAAAUAAGCGGGUAGCAGACCUCCAUCCCACGGUACCCAACCCCUACAAUCUCUUGAGUACUCUUCCACCUCAGCACACUUGGUACACUGUUCUGGAUCUUAAAGAUGCUUUCUUCUGCUUGAGACUCUCCUCUCUCAGCCAGUCCUACUUUGCCUUCGAGUGGAAGGAUCCAGCCUCUGGAAUGUCAGGUCAACUGACCUGGACUCGCCUGCCACAAGGAUUCAAGAACUCCCCCACCAUUUUCGACGAGGCUCUCCACCAGGAUUUGGCAUCUUAUAGAGAAUCCAAUCCUCAGGUAACUCUCCUUCCAUAUGUUGAUGACCUUCUUUUAGCUGCAGAGACCCAAGAAGACUGCAUCAGGGGAACGGAGAGGCUGUUAACAGAGCUUGAGACAUUGGGAUAUCGGGCUUCAGCAAAGAAAGCACAAAUAUGUCAACGACAGGUCAGUUACCUGGGGUAUUUGUUAAAAGGAGGACAGAGAUGGCUCUCGGAAAGCAGGAAAGAUACCGUCGCCUGGAUAACGGCCCCCAAGAGUCCCAAACAUGUUAGGGAAUUUUUGGGGAUGGCCGGAUUCUGUAGGCUAUGGAUUCCAGGGUUUGCUGAAUUAGCAGCCCCUUUGUAUCCCCUGACCAAAAACGGCAUCCCUUUCGCUUGGGGUGAUAAAGAACAACGGGCCCUUGACCAAAUUAAACGAGCCCUACUAUCAGCCCCGGCUUUGGGGCUACCAGAUGUUACUAAGCCCUUCCACCUGUAUGCGGCCGAGAAUAAAGGUAUCGCAAAGGGAGUACUAACUCAGAAACUGGGCCCCUGGAAUCGCCCGGCUGCGUACCUAUCAAAGAAAUUGGAUCCUGUGGCAGCAGGAUGGCCCGCCUGCUUAAAAAUAAUCGCCGCUGUAGCCGCCUUGGUCAAAGAUGCUGACAAAUUGACUUUGGGGCAGAACUUAACAAUAACAGCCCCCCAUGCACUAGAAAGUGUGACUCGCCAACCGCCCGACAGGUGGCUAACAAAUGCCAGAAUGACUCAUUACCAGACCCUACUGUUAAAUUCAGACCGUAUUAAGUUUACAUCAGCCACAGGGCUUAACCCGGCCACCUUGCUACCCGACCCCGACCUGGAAAGCACCAUCAUCAUCCAUGAUUGUCAGGAAGUACUAGCUGCAGCCCACGGUAGCAGGCCAGACUUGAAGGAUCAGCCUCUCCCUGAUGCCAAUGUUACCUGGUUCACUGAUGGAAGCAGUUUCCUAGAAGAAGGUAAGCGUCGGGCGGGAGCAGCCGUGGUAGACGGGAAAGAGGUCAUCUGGGCAGCCGCAUUACCGCAAGGGACAUCGGCCCAGCGGGCUGAACUAAUUGCUAUGACCAGGGCAUUAGAACUAGCAGAAAACAAAAAGGUAAACAUCUACACGGACAGUAGGUACGCAUUUGCUACCGCCCACGUCCACGGGGCCAUCUACCAACAAAGAGGGUUGCUCACCUCGGCGGGCAAAGAAAUUAAAAACAAAGAAGAAAUAGUGGCCCUGCUAGCUGCCCUCAUGCUCCCCACUAAAGUCAGCAUCAUUCAUUGCCCCGGGCACCAGAAGGACAAUACCCCGGUGACAAGAGGUAAUAACAUGGCGGAUAGAGUGGCACGAGAAGUGGCGCUAGGGGAAAUUAUACUAGAACUAUCGGAUAAGAGUCCUGGGGAACCAAAUGACAGGGGAAUAACCACCCCAGCCAUAGCCAAAGGAACAUUGUCUCCUCAACAAGCAAAAUCCAUGCUACAACAGAUUCACAGAUGGACACACUUGGGAACCAAAAAGAUGGUAUCCCUACUACACAAGACAGGUUAUGAUACCCCUGGACUAACCAAAUUAGCUGAACAGAUUGCACGGGAGUGCAUUCCAUGCCAACAGGUAAACUCCCAUAAAGGAAAACUUGAGAGCGGAAAAUGGCUCAGAGGAGACCGCCCAGGAGCCUAUUGGGAGGUCGACUUCACUGAAAUACGCCCUGGAAGGUAUGGUAACAGGUAUCUCCUAGUUUUUAUAGAUACCUUCUCAGGAUGGAUAGAAGCUUUCCCAACGAAAAAGGAGACAGCUACUGUGGUGGCCAAAAAGAUCUUAGAAGAAAUUUUCCCCCGGUUCGGGGCACCCAAGGUAAUAGGGUCCGAUAAUGGUCCCGCCUUCGUCGCCCAGGUAAGUCAGGGUGUGGCCAAACACCUGGGGACUGAUUGGAAAUUACAUUGUGCCUAUAGACCCCAGAGUUCAGGACAGGUAGAAAGAAUGAAUAGAACUCUAAAAGAGACCCUAACUAAAUUGUCCAUAGAGACUGGCGGUACAGAUUGGACGGUGCUCCUUCCCUUAGCCCUGUUCCGGGCUAGAAAUACCCCCUCCCGCUAUCAUCUCACUCCAUUUGAAAUACUAUACGGGGCCCCACCUCCCCUUCUCACGCUAGGAAAAGGAAUAAAUCCUGACUGCCAGAAUAACACUGACUUAUAUGCUAGGCUAUUGGGACUCCAGUUGGUCCAAAAGGAGGUGUGGUCCCAGCUGGCAGAGGCUUACCGACCGGGAACACCAGCAGAGGCUCACCCCUUCCAAGUUGGAGAUUCCGUGUACGUCCGUCAGCACCGAACCCAGACGCUAGAGCCUCGGUGGAAAGGACCAUACAUCGUCCUGCUCACCACCCCCACGGCUAUAAAGGUAGACGGCAUCGCUGCUUGGAUUCACGCCUCACACGUAAAAGCUGCGCCAGCGUCUGCAUCAUUGGAAUGGCGGGCCCAGAAGACCAGCAGCCCGCUCAAGCUCAAGCUCCUAUGCAUUUUUUCUGUAUUCCCCUACAUCCAGACUUUCAAUACCUUUUUGCCUUUGAAUUGGAUGGAUGCUGACACCCUGGAGGCUACCCAGUACACCUGGACAGUGCUCCCGCAGCGUUUUCAGGACAUCCCCCAUCUUUUUGGAAACAUGUUAGCAAGAGAACUGAGCCUUGAGAAGGGAACUCUGUUACAAUAUGUUGAUGACUUAUUGAUAAGUAGUGAGACCAAACAAGAUUCAGAUCAAAAUACUGUAUGCCAAACCCUGAACCCGGCAACUCUGUUUCCAGUGGUCGAGAGUGGAGACUCAGUGCAUCCGUGUAUUGAGACCAUAGAACAAACUUACUCCAGCAGGUCUUAUCUUCUAGAUGAGCCUCUUGACAGCCCUGAGGUCGAAUGGUUUACUGAUGGGAGAAGCUUGGUAGAAAUGGGAACCCAAAAGGCGGGGUAUGCCAUAGUCAGUCUAGAUGAAGUUAUAGAAGCCAAGGCCCUGCCACCCCAGAUGUCAGCCCAGAAGGAUGAACUAAUUGCAUAA